GCUUUCUAUCCUUUUCAUUUUUUUUUUCUUUUUUCCCUUUCUCCUUCACCUUCAAUCUUCCUCUUUCUCUUCUUUUCUUGCCGCCCCACACUCUCUUUGUCAAACCAUCAAAUACACAUAGCCAAUGCCAUAACACACACGUUCAGCUUCCUAUAGCUCCUGUUUUCCUCAUAAAGUAAACAAAAGAAGAAACAUAGAAAAGCAGAGGAUUCCCAAUUAUCCUUUGUCUUCUUUUAUUUCCACAAUCAUAUCUGGGAUUAGAUUGAUCAUUGUGAUUCUCUGGGAUUUAUUUUGAUUCAUGUUGAGGUUUUAAUUAGUGGGAGAGUUAUCAAGUGAGAGACAGAGAAAGAGAAAGAGAAAGAGAGGAAGAUGGGAUCAGAAAUUGGGAUCAAAAUAAGGAAACUUGUUGUGAUUUCAAUCGGAGGUGGUUACGGAUCAGUUUGCAACCAUCCAUUCCUUGUGGGUUUUAUUGGUUUCUUGCUUUUGUUGUACAAAUAUUUUCCUUUUCUAUUUUCUGUUUUGGUGUCUGCAUCCCCUGUUUUGGUCUGCACUGCUGUUCUGCUUGGGACCCUUCUCAGUUUUGGGCAAUCAAAUGUGCCCGAAGUUGAAAAGGAAGAGAAAGUUACUCAUGGCAUUUCGUCCUUCCAAACUGGGUUUUCCGAGGGUGACAUUGUUUUUGCUGACAGAGAUGAGAGCUAUUUUGUGAAAGGAUAUUCAGAAAAUAAGAGUGAUGUAGAAGAGAGCGGCAUUGAUGAAGCAAGUUUGGUGAGUGAGAAGGAUAAUAGGGGGGAGGAAGAUCACGGCUUGCUUUCUGACGUGCCUCCCAAUGAGGAAAACUUGCAGGAUAUUCAGCCUGAGAAGCAAGAAAAAGGGGAAGUUGAAAGGGAGUUCCAUAGUUUUGAGUUGGGGAAGAGCAGGGAAGUUCAUGAGGAGAACCUAAGGUCUGAAAUUGUUUCGAGUGAUGAUGAAGCUAUUGAGAAACAAUAUGUCUUGGUUCAAAAAGUUAAUGAUGAUAUUAUUGAAAUUGAGAAUGAGAAAACUCCAGGAGAUCCCAUUGACUUUUCGGCCAGUUCAUCUUGGAAACAGGAGGAGAACGAUGAUGAGGAGGAGGAUGAAUCUGUGGAGUCAGGGUCUGAUGGGGCAGAGAGCUCUUCACCUGAUGCUUCCAUGGCUGACAUCAUUCCAAUGCUUGAUGAACUCCACCCUCUUUUAGAUGUAGAUGCCCCACAGCCGGCUCAUGUGUCCCGUGAUGGUUCUGAUUCUGCAUCUGAUAAGUCUCAAAAAAGUGAUGAUGACAGUGUUGAAUCAGAUGAUGAAUCUGAAAACCACUGUGACGUGGAAGUAGAUGAUAUUGAUGAACGCGAUGAUGAAGAGGAAGAAGUGGAGGGUGGCAAAGAGGAUGAAAGUAAGUCUGCUAUCAAGUGGACAGAGGAUGACCAAAAGAAUCUUAUGGAUCUGGGAAAUUUAGAACUAGAAAGGAAUAAACGGUUGGAGCAUCUUAUUGCUAGGAGAAGAGCAAGGAGAUUGAUGACAGAGAAGAAUCUAAUAGACUUAGAUGGUGCUGAUCUUCCCUGUAACAUUCCACCUAUUACUACAACCAGGUGUAACCCGUUUGAUUUCCCUGAUGACUCCUAUGCUGCCAUGGGGUUACCACCCAUUCCUGGUUCUGCUCCAUCUAUUCUACAGCCUAGACGAAACCCCUUUGAUAUUCCGUAUGACUCAAAUGAAGAAAAACCUGAUCUUAAGGGGGACAGUUUUCAACAAGAGUUCACGGUGUUUAAUCAAAAAGAUGCCUUUUUUCGGCGGCAUGAAAGUUUCAGCAUCGGAACAUCAGUAUUGGGGAUAUCCAGGCAUGAGAGGUAUGAUUGGAAACCCGUCUUUAUAUCUGAAAGGGUGGCUUCAGAGGGAACAAGCUAUUCUUCAUUUCAGAGGCAAUCCAGUGAAGUAAGUGAUUCAAAGUUGAGUUCUGUUCCAGAUACUGAAUCUGUGAGCUCAAUUGAUCAGGAUGACAGGAAAUUCAGUGAACAAGACCUUUCUCAAGAGACUGAGUUAAUAUCUAACAUUGAUCAUGCUUCUGAUAAUGCUGAACAUGGAAGCCAAUCCUCUGGAGAAAAUGAUUCUGUGGAGAUGAUACAAGCUGAGGAGAGUGAUGUUCACCAUGAUGAAGUUGAAAUAGUGCUGGGUGGGGUGGAGAAUCCUUCGGAGAUGGAAUUCUAUCCUGAAACAGGAGAGGUUGAAACCCAUGAGCAAUUUGAUGCAGGGGAUACACAAUUGAGAAGAGAACCAAGUGAUGAGGAGAGCAGCAGCAGUAGAUCAAGCCAUUCAUCUGUAUCAGAAGUAAUUGACAACAUACCAGAUGAAAAAAUGGAAAGAGAGUCAAAUUCACAGCAAGUAGAUGAUCAUAUCUCAGAAUCUAGAAUUUCAACACAAGCUUCAACGGAGGAAUCAAACCUCCAUCAUGUAAGUGAAGUGGAAGACAAUCAACACGUAGAACCUGUUUAUGAUUCUAGUCCACCUCCUUCUGAAAAGCUCCAAUCUUUUCCUUCAGUAUCUUCUUUUGAUUCUGCAGUGGAGAUUUCCGAGGGGGCAUUGCCUUCUGCUUCAGUAAAAACGACUGCUAAUGUGGCAGAUAAAGAGUCUGAAGUGCAAGAUCACAAAGUGCAAGAUAAUGCUUCUGGUCCUGAAAAUACCGAAGCGGCCUCUUCUGAAUUACAUGUGGAAGCCAAAAGUGAAUGGAGGUCUGAGAAAUCUGAAGAUAUAAAUAAUGUCACUGCAAAUGAGUCAUCUGCAGUUGCCCCAAAUUUUGUUGAUCAGAAUGGAUCUACAAUGGCUGAGCCUCAGGUUGUCCCUGUUUCCACAGAUUCAAAUUUGUCUUUGGAUAUUGGAUUAAUAAAGGAUGUGACUAAUUCAGGCUUAGUUCAUGGACAGGAUCUAGCUGACCACAUACACACUGACUCUGAAAUUUGUCAUCAAGACACUGUAGAUUCUUCAGAUUCAAACUAUCAAAUGGCUUCUGAAAAGUCACAUCUAUCAGAUAAUGAAUCCGUGGAGGAAGGUGCCCUGCCUAAUGAAAUAUCAAGAUUUCAUAAUGCAAAUAUGUCUGUGUCAGUCCAAGAUGCAAGUGAAAUACCAGAUUCGGUGGCCUCUGAUGCCCACCAUAUUUCUUCUAAUGGUUCAUCUAUGCCUGCUGCACAGGAUUUACAGCUUCCACCAGCAGCAGGGCAAGUACCAGUGGUCCAUCCUGUUCUACCUUCGGAAGAAACUGAACAUAUAGAGAAAAUUUCAUCAAGUAACAAUGACAUUCAGAUUCAACAGGAUACAGUUUUCUUGUCAAGUCCCAUGGAGCAAGGUAACACUGAAAUCCACCAAGAUUUGGAUAAGAAUAUGGUGGUCUUCACUUCCAAUAAUCAACAUGAAAUUGAUGUGAAGUCUCCGUCUAACAUGGAGAAUCAGCUGUCAAGCUCUGAUAAAUUAGUGGUUGCACAAUCUUCCAGUGAUCAUGAUCAAAGUCAGAGUUCUAAUGCUAUCCAGGUUGAAUCUGCACAGGAUUUUGGCACUUCCAAUGAUCAAGCUGGAGAAUGGCAUGGUGUGACCGAUAAAUUUCCUCUAAGCAUCUCUUCUGUGACCUCAGAAAAAUAUGAGACUCCUGAAUUCAGUUCACCCUCUAGCAAAGUGGAUUUGGAAGUUGAUAGGCAUGGAGAAGUUAAAAAUGAGUACCAAAAUGAAGCCCCAGAAAACUUGGUUCCUUCAGAAGGGGACUUCAUGUCUCAGUUUACUGAAGAAAACAUCGAUGAAUUAGAUGAUAUGAAGGAAAUUGAUGAAGGAUUCUUGUCAGAAUUGGACACUGUUGGGGAUUUUAGUGUCAGUGAUGCCGGUGCAUCACUGCAUACUGACAUUGAACAUGAGAAAACUAGAGAUGAUCAACUUAGUUCACUUCAUACGGAUGUAAAGAUAGCAGAGGUUGAGCAGGAUGUCCCAGUUCUUGAAGCAAGAUCACUUGACGAUAUUAACUUGGCUUUUAAGCAACUUCAAGAAGGAGUAGAUGUUAAAGAGGUAAUCCUUCCAAGUACGAUUAAGGAUCAGCUUGUUAGUGAUGAAUCUAAAGAUAAAGAUCACCUUGAAGUUAAUUCAGACCUACAAGUUGUUGAAGCUAGAUCACUUGAAGAUAUUAAUAUUGCUUUAAAGCAAGUCUCCGAAGAUAACCAAAGGGAGCUGUCAAAUCCUUUGGAUUUGAAAGAGACUUCAGUCAAAGUGGAAUCAAAUGAAGUUGGCUCGGCCAAGGUGAAUGAAUCAUCUGAUGUGGCAACCGGUUCUGAGGAAAUUAGCAGAACUACAGUGGAUAAAUUGGAAGAUAUACCCAUUAGGAGCUCCGGUAAAAAGGCAAAGUCUCACAGUAGGAAAUCUAGUUCCAGCUCCAGCUCGAGCUCGAGUGAUUCUGAUUGAUUCUGAGGUCACUUUGAGCAAGAUUGUAAGUUUCUUAUUUAUGUUGUUUCAUUUUUUCUUCAGUGAUGGGAUUUUGGGUAUCUAGCCGUGGCACCAUCAUGUCUUGGCUAAUUGAUAGUAGUCAGGUCAGGUUUCUUAAAUUUUGUUGGAUUGGUUUCUUCAAGAAUGAGUUUUUUGGUUUUAUUUCUUGAAGCGUGCAGUUUUGUUCAAUUUUACCCCGAGUGUGAGCAAUUUGGCAUAUAUAGGAUGAGAUUUUAUUUCCGACUUGUGCACAUUGUGUAAUCCAAAAAACAAGGAUUAUUGUACAUUAUACUUCGAUUGUAGAAAUGGUGAUUGGACUUGUUUGUGUAUAUAGUAAGCAGUUCUUUUUUUUUUAUGGCUUCUUAUUUCUUCACCUUUACAUCAAUAAUCACUUUUCUGUCCAAGAAAAAAUAUCAUUAUAUCAAUAAUUAUAAUCUGUUUAGUUAAUGGAGCAAUGGAGAAUGUAAUUGUAGUUGUCAAUUUUGGCUUUAUGCCUCUAUUGACCAAAUCAAUUGGAUACUUAUUGGUGAAUAAUGAGGACUCCAUCGAGCUUGUGUAUAAAUAUUUACUGCAUUUUCCCAUCAAGUCCCGAAUUUUCUUCAUCUUAUUAGUAUGUGCCUGGGAUACACGUUAGUCAAGCUAUUAUUAAGACACGUUCCAAAGUCCAUAAGGUACUCGAUAUAGCGUUCAAUUGACAUACGUACAUGGGACCAAAAACAAAACCCUUGUUAGUCGCUAAAAUGUAGCUAGCACGUUGGAUUUGAUGCCUCUUUGAAACGAUUUUAUACUUGGUUUUGGUUAUCCUAAUUUUAGACCCCCAAAUGUUUUGGCAUUUCUAGUUGUUUGAUAUAUCAGCUCUGGAUAUCUAGUUCUUUUGGGACAUUCUAGAAUGAUUUCUAUACAAUUCUUACCAAGUUCCAGCAUCGCGUGGCGUUUAAAUGAAAAAAAGGUUUGACAAAAGGAUACCAGAACGCUUAGAGAACCAUUUUUUCAUAGACUGAACCCUUUCAGUUUCAAAAAUCUCCUUCCAUGGCUUCUUCCAUCAUUUGGACCAGAUUGCAGUUGUUUAGAAAUUAGAAUCUUUUAUGGUCCCGAAUUUAUAAUUUUCUUCUGUACACUAUGCAGAUAAUGGUUUGGGUUCCUAUAUCAUCUAAUAUCCAUGCAAUUGGCAAAAGGUGAAAAAUUCAUGUCCUCUAAUUUUCAUGCAGUUCGCUUUGCCCUUCACAAGGUGAGAAAAAAAUGUAAAAAGAGGGCAAAUAAGACAUGAAAAAGAUCUUGUAAAUUUAUUGUUACAAAAGAAACAAAUAGUUAAAAGAGCAUCAUAAACACACCAAUUCAAAUCUUUACAACUACCAGAAUGUUUCCUCAAUGGCAUUAAUAAAAGAAUCAUCAAUACUUGGA